AUGCGACACAUUUUAACGGCAGCUAGACGGCCCGCUGCCGUCCAAGGGCUUGCACAAGAAGCGCAAUCACUGGAGGGCUCGCUGCGAAUAGCACCGGCAUCGCCGGCACACGCACCCGCCCGCAAGGUCUCACUGCGACCUUAUCAGGAGGACUGCAUCAAGAAAUGCCUCGAAGCACUACAGCAGGGGCACUCUAGGAUUGGCAUCAGCUCACCAACCGGCUCUGGCAAGACGACCAUAUUCACCUCUCUGAUCGAGCGUCUACCUCGUUUGCAGACGCUGUGCGAAGGAUCAGAUGAAUUGGGGUCAGACACAGGCCAUAGGGUCCUUAUCCUGGUAUCCAGCAUCGAGCUGGCGCUGCAAGCUGCGAAGACUGUCUCCUCUUUUUACCCUGAUUUACUCGUCGAGAUUGAGCAAGGCAGCAAGUUCAAAGCGAGUGGUGUUGCGGAUGUCACCAUUGCAACGGUACAAACGCUUAGUCGGGUGGGGAGUGGCGAGGAGCGCCUGCAAAAAUUCGAUCCCCAGCAGUUUAAGGCUGUUAUCGUCGACGAGGCCCACCACGCGGCUGCAAAGUCAUACAUCCGUGUCCUCUCACACUUUGACCCUACCAUCAACGGACAAGUCGAACAGGAAGCUCGAGGAGACAAGAAUUGCUUCCGAGUCCCCAUUCUUGGCUUCUCAGCAACCUUUUCACGGCACGAUGGCUUGGCGCUCGGUUCCGUGUUCCAGCGCAUUGUCUUCCACAAGGACUUUUUGGAAAUGAUCGGGGAAGGCUGGCUGUCGCCUCUUCGGUUCACUGUCAUCCGUGCGAAGAUUGAUUUAUCGGGCGUAAAGCUCAUGUCCGGCAGUAGCGGCGGCGACUUUCAGACAUCGUCGCUGGCGAAUUACAUCAAUACCUCCGAGAUAAACCGCCUCAUUGUCCGCACAUGGCUCGACCGCUGCGCUAACACAGACCCAGCGGCCGCGAACCAACUACGGCGCUCGACGCUCGUCUUUUGCGUCAAUAUCGACCACGUCAACAAUCUGACCGACAAAUUUCGCGCCGCGGGCAUCGACGCAAGAAGCCUGACGGGGGAGACGCCGGUACGCGAAAGAGCCGAGUUGCUUCGAUCCUUUCGAGCGAUGGAAUUUCCUGUCCUCAUCAAUUGCUCCAUUCUGGCGGAAGGAGCGGAUGUCCCCUCUAUCGAUUGCGUCUUACUCGCUCGGCCGACCCGAUCACGGAACCUAUUCAGCCAGAUGAUAGGCAGAGCUGCGCGCUUGAGUCCGUCGACUGGGAAGAAGGAUGCACUCGUGCUCGAUCUCGUCGGGAAUGUGGAAAGGGGUGACGGCAUCGUCUGCACACCGAGUUUGUUUGGGCUGAGUGCGGAUGUGAUGAUUGAAGACGAAACGAUCGAGUCUCUCGGAGCACGCGCGCAGGAAGCUAUUGCUGCUGCCGCGCCGGGGCCAUCACCGGCAGAGGAAACAGACAAUCUAUUGUCCGUCUCGAGCUUAAGCUACAUUGACUACGACGACCCGCGCGAGCUGCAAGCUAUGCUCACGCGUCCAGGACGAGCGCCCCUCAUUGAGCGCCUGAGUCGCAAUGCCUGGAUCGACUGUGGACACGACAUUUUCGUGCUCGAUAUUCCCAGGUAUGGACACAUCAAGGUCGAGCGGACGUCCGAAGCGGAGCGGAUGGAAUUGGAUGCAAAAUGGAAGUCGACAUACACGCCUGCAAACUUGGAUCCGGACGAGCAGGCUGCGCUCUCGGGUCUGCCUGGUGUCAGCCGCGGCUGGCCUUUCUCGCGAGGAAGACGAAAAGGCUCACCUUACCGCCGGGGGCGGAAUGUGUUGUACGAGAACGACCUCGACAACGCCAUCCGCGGGAGCGACACGUACGCGACGACGCGCAUCCUGCACAGCAGUCCAUUCAAUGCGCUCCUGGACCGUAGAGCCGCUUGGCGGAGCAAGCCGGCGAGCGAGAGUCAGAAAGCUCUUGUGGAGCGCAGGCUGGGCUUUCAUAGAGCGCCAGUGCGCAAGACGGAGGAGAAAUCAGUAGGAGAACACAGUGGUGAUACUGAUGGACAACCAAAAUUGGAGAAUCUCUCGAGAGGCAUGGCGUCCAUCAUCCUCACCAGGCUCAACCAUGGCACAAAAGGGCGUUGGACUGAGGAAGCGAAGCGGCAGAAUCGCAUCUUCAACGCCGAAGCAGCGGAAGCAGCGCGCAAGGAGCGCGAGACAUUGCGGUGGGCGAUUUCGUAA